AUGGCAACCGACACCGAGACGCUCUCUCUCCCGACCACCACGGCCCCUACAGAGGUCGCGGCGUCAACAUGUCUGCCUCAAGACGAGCAUCAGUUCCGUGGCACCAAGCGAGAAUGGUGUACCGAUGAGUGGGACACGACCAUCACCGCGACUUUUGGCUUUCCCGCCAAGCUAGGCGGCCCGAGCAACUCCGCGACGAGCCCUCCGCACCAGACACAGCAGCCUCUGCAGCAGGAUCAAGCAGGCGAUGCCACGGCGACGGGCAAGUACGUCGCGCAGCUUAACCCCGACGAGUGCGAUAGGCCCUUGAAGCGCAGGCCGAGCUCCGAUUACUGGCUAACAUCCAACCUCUUGUCCUCGUACAGGAGCGUAGAGGAAGCUUGCAAGCGAUCGCUGGAGCACUUUCCUUGUCCGGGCGUCUCCUUCGCCAUGCCUACUCUCGAGUUCGACUUUCGCAUCGCCGUCGCACUCAAUCCGGAGCCCUCCAGAAUUGAGAACCGUGUCCAAAAGGAGAUCACCACCAUCAAGGGAGGCAGGUGGUCCGGAUCAUUUGGCAACGGUCGAGUCAUGGCCGGCGGAUAUGAUCUCGGGCAGGCACGGGGUUUUCGUCCGAUUCGCAUCGUUGAGGGCGCAUUCGUCCUGCAGACUACCGACCAACCUCCGGCCAUGCUGGAGAUGCGUACGCGAGGGUCGCUGUCGGGUCCAUGUGACGUACUCGAUACCCUGCUCAGCGCCCGGGAGUCAAAGGAGAACAUUGAUCCCCGUCAAUACGGCUUUCGGACCUUUGCCACAGUCAAGACGGCAGACAAGCGCUAUGCCGAGUUCGUCAACUGUGGGCUCUGGGUCGCCAGUGGUGUGUGGCGAGGUGAAGAGCUCGUUAUCGAGUGA